AUGUCCGAUGUACAGUUAGAUCGAGCUGUCGGUGACAUCCUGCAGGUGUUUCCAGAGUUUGGAAGGAAAAUGAUUGAUGGCCAUCUCAAGUCUCAAGGCCAUAAUGUACCACGUAACUGCGUUGAGGAUUCGUAUGCCCAUGUACAUGGCGCACCAGCAAUUUUUGGAUCACGUCGUCCCCUGGUUCGACGUAAGUACUCUGUACCUGGGCCACUGUCACUGGUGCAUCAUGAUGGCCAACAUGGUCUCAUACACUUCAAGCUCAUCACACACUGCUUCAUUGAUGGCUACUCACGCUUUGUCAUUGGCAUACGAGUGCACAACAAUAAUCGUGCUUCAACUGUACUCAAUUUAUUUCUGGAUGCGAUGGAUCGCUAUGGGGUGCCCAGUCGUGUCCGUGGUGACCAUGGUACGGAGAAUCUUGGAGUAGCGCAGUGGAUGGAGGACUGCAAGGGAUUGGACAGAGGCUCAUAUAUCUGGGGCCGAAGUGUCCAUAACACCCGCAUUGAACGCCUAUGGGUUGAUGUGACAUCAGGAUAUGGCGAGAAGUGGCUGGUCUUCUUCUACCAGCUGGAGCUACACUGUGGCUGGGACGCUCACAAUCCCGAUCAUGUGUGGUUACUACACCAUCUCUUUCUUCGUGCAAUCAAUGAUGACGCACUUGAAUGGGCACAGGCUUGGAACGCACACCGAAUUUCAUUGCAGGGCUCCCGUGCACGCAGUCCUCGUGAUUUAUUCAUGUUCGGGAUGAUAGAAGAAGGCCCGCGCGGUCUGGAGCAGUUUCUGACUCCCACAGAGGAUCUCGCCGGUGAAUCAUUGGAUGAGUUUGGUAUUGACUGGAGCAGUUACAGAGAUGAUCGGCUCAUGUCUCACUUUUAUGAGCACAAUGCACGCGACAGCACCACCUUCACUCCAAGCUCAGCACCUUCCCGCCUUGCACAAGUGGUAUGCGAUGAGCCAAACUGUCCAUUCACUGCUGAGGAGGUUCACGUCCUGGAUGCAAUCCUGGCCGACGAGUUUGACCUUAGCUCACGCAGUAUGAUCGUUCAGCGCUCAAUUUGGGAGAGAGCGGUUGGUUUGUGUGAGGCUAUAGGUCGUGGGGAUCCUGUGGGCCAUAGUGUUGAUUAG